AUGGAAAGCAACAGUGACGACGACACCGACUUCAUCUUGGAUCCUUCUCUUGACACUCUAGAAGCAUCAACACCCGAAAAGCGCGUCGAAACGGUUGAAAGAAUCUGUCAAUACAUCAACAAGCAGAACACUAGCGCAAAGGCAUUUAUACUAUCUUAUCUACGAUCCACGAACGAAAAUAUUGUUCAACGGAGAAAACAGUGGGCAUCGGUGAAGAAAGGAUGGCGUACUACGGAGGAAUUACUGGAUGAAAUUGAAAAGCUAGUGACUGAAAAGCCCAAAUGUAAAUUGAAAUGGGAUGAUUGGAUAUUAAGAAAAGCGAAGAGUAUUGUAGCAUCUCAGUCCCCUCCUGCGCGGAAACUGUAUAUCAACACCAACAAGCUUGACCCCGACUUUUUUACACACGACGCAGAAGUACAAAGAGAGAGAGACGUAAUUGAAGGAAUGAAUUUCUUACAUGAGUUGAUAACUUUCAAAUUACAACAUGAACUUGGUCUUUGGUCAAACACCUCAGCUUCAGAUUCUGACACUGCUUCUGAUUCGGAUUCUUCUAAUGUGGAUUCGGAACCUCCUCAAAAUUAUGUGUACCAUAAAUCUAAGAGUUGA